AUGCUGUUGGGCUUCCGGUGGAAUCCACAUCAGUCUGAUAAAGGAGUGCCACUAGGACUCUACCUUCUGUAUCUGUCGAGGGGUCCCAUUACGCCACGGUACAGCAAGCCCAUGGGACUACAAUUGAAUGAAGCCUUGGCAACACCGACGUCCUCCACAUCAUGCGCGAGUCACAAGGAGCCAUGGGAUAGUCAAAGUGUCGAGAAAAUACUUUCCGAUCUAAUCAUCUCUUCUGCCACUGACGCCGUAUCCACAGAGGCAUCGCAUCUGGGAAAUGUAGAGGGUAAAUUAUUCACAGAUAGCCCUCUGCAUGAUCAGGAGCGGUAUGACGAUAAAGUUAGCUUCCGUGCCUUAUAUGAGUUGAAGCGAGUGUCCAGCAUGUGGAAUGUGUCUAUCGGUGCCUUAGUCCAGGGUCAUGAGAUUCCUGAUGACUAUAUACUCUUUCGUAAAUGGCUCACGGGCCAUCCAAUGCGGGAUGGGCAGCCUCUACCAGCACCGCCGAAAAAGAGAGCAUGGGAUGUCGCUGAAGGGUGCUGGAUGGAGCCAGAAUCACAGCAAUCCGUUGAACUUAGUGGCAGCCUGCUGAGAGCGCCCUGCGUGCAAGGCCACUUUAUAUUGAAGCUGAAUCCGCUUAAACUGGAGAAGGGAUGCCGUCUAUACCGCCGGUUCGGAUCGGACCGCUUCCUCACUUUGACAAUUCCGUUCUUAGAGAAGUUCUGCGGCUGCAACAGACUUCGCGAGCAUAUUGCAGAAUGGUUAGCGGGGUCGCAGCAUAGGCUGCUUGGUAGAAUCUGA